CAAUCUUGUUGGGCUGUAUUCGAAAUGAAACCUUAAUUAUUUUGUCUGGAAGAUCACCUGGAUGUCUAUAAAAGAGGUUAUUGUAGCAUACUGAGUCUUACUUGCCGUGUAUAAGGAAUACUGGACAUCAAUGUGACAAUGAGGCCACACAAAAGGUACGUGCUUCUUAUUGUGUUCUUGUACACAAUUCCCUGUGUUUGGGCUUCAGUGACUCAUUAUUCAAUCCCAGAGGAGCUCAAGGAAGGAUCAGUGGUUGCCAACCUUGCAAAUGAUCUCAGUUUGGAUGUUACAAGUCUGAUUAGACGCAAGAUGCGAGUCGACAUCAUCGCUAAUAAGAAAUAUCUGGACGUGAACAAAGAGACUGGGGAACUGUACAUUGUGGAGAAGAUUGACAGGGAACAUAUAUGUAACGUGAAAUGGACAUCGUGUUAUCUCAAGCUGGAGGUGACACUGGAAAACCCACUGCGUAUUUUCAACAUAGAGUUAGAAAUCCUAGAUAUGAAUGACAACGCCCCGCAGUUCAGACGUGACUCCAUUCAUUUAGAUAUAUCUGAAUCUACACCAGCAGGGGAGAGAUUCUCUUUGAGCAAUGCAGUCGAUCCUGAUGUGGGGAGCAAUUCAGUAAAAACAUAUCAUCUGAGUGAAAGUGAUCAUUUUAAUAUCGAAGUUCAGACUGGAAGAGAUGGGUCGAAAUUUGCAGAACUGAUAAUGAAGAAGAGUUUAGACCGAGAGCAGCAGGCUACACAUCAUUUAAUAUUAACGGCAGUAGAUGGCGGUACACCUCCUCGUUCUGGUACUGUCAAUAUUAUUGUCAAUGUUUUAGACACCAAUGACAACGCUCCUUUGUUUAAUGAAUCUAUUUACAGUGUGAACAUAAUGGAGAAUUCUCCUAUUGGAAACCUUGUUAUUGAUUUAAAUGCUACUGACUUGGAUGAAGGCUCCAACUCCGAUUUAACAUAUUCAUAUAGUUUAUACACACCAGAGAAAACACAAGAAACGUUUCACUUAAAUCCUACUACUGGUGAGAUUACUGUUAGAGGGAUGUUGAAUUAUGAAGAUUUUAAGAUUUAUGAUAUGGAAGUUAUAGCAGCAGACAAAGGAGUCAACAGUUUAUCAGGACAAUGUACAAUUAAAAUUCAAGUUGAGGACAUGAAUGACAACCAUCCAGAAAUAUCUAUUAAAUCUUUCCAAAGUCCAGUCAGUGAGAAUAUUGAUGUUGACACGGUGAUAGCAGUGGUCAGUGUGAGUGAUAAGGACUCAGGUGACAAUGGAGUAGUGGAUCUUCACAUUCCUCGUAAAAUGCCUUUUAAACUGAGGGAGUCCUCUGAUAACUAUUACGAGUUAGUGGUCUCCGAGCCUUUAGACCGUGAGAAGGUUCCAGAAUAUGACAUCACCUUCACUGUCACAGACCGAGGCUCCCCUCCUUUGAGUGACAAUGAAACCAUGACUUUACAGCUGCUGGAUGUGAAUGAUAAUGUUCCACACUUCCCUCAGUCCUUUUAUACCAUACGUGUGAUGGAGAAUAACGCUCCUGGCGCCUUGCUCAGUUCACUCAGUGCGUUUGACCCUGACCUCCAUGAGAACCAGUACCUAGUUUACUUCAUCCUAGAGAAGGAGAUCGUCAACACCUCCAUGUCCAUGCUGUUCUCCAUCAAUCCAGAGAACGGGAACCUUUACGCACUAAAGACUUUUGACUAUGAGAUGGAGAAGGACUUUCUUUUCCACAUUGAGGCCAGAGACUCUGGCUCUCCUCCACUCAGCAGCAACGUCACAGUCCACAUCAUCAUUAUGGACCAGAACGACAACACCCCAGUUAUUGUCUCUCCUUGGCGAGCGCACGGCUCCGUGGUGGAGGAGAAGAUCCCCAGAUCCACUGAUAAAGGAUCUCUGGUUGCCAAGGUGAUAGCUUUGGACGUGGACUCGGUGCACAACUCUCGCAUCACCUACCACUUCCUGCAGGUGACUGAUGCCACCUUGUUCAGUCUGGACCAGUACAACGGAGAGAUCCGCACCAUGAGGAUGUUCAGUUACAAAGAUCCACGUCACCAGAGACUGGUUGUUGUUGCCAAGGACAACGGGGAUCCGGCGCUCUCUGCUACAGUCACCAUCAAGCUGUCCACGAUGGAGACUGCUGUGAAGGCCCACUCGGACAUGACUGAGGUGCCCAUGGAAUACGACAUCUUCUCAGACCUCAACCUGUAUUUAGUCAUCGGUCUGGGAUCAGUGUCCUUCCUGCUGCUCAUCACCAUCUUGGUCACCAUCGUGCUCAAGUGUCAGAAUACCAAGCCCAGCAUGGCGGCUCCGCCCAGCAGGAACAGUGUGAUCAGUGAGAGGAACUCCACCAUCGCAGAUUCCACUCUGGUGUCCAACGAUGCCUACUGGUACAGUCUGUUUCUGGCAGAGACCAGGAAAGGAAAGAUGGUGGUCAGGCAGCCUGUGCCAAAGGGUUCCCGAUACAUCGUGUCCAGUAUUCCCAGGAGCACAGGCAUGUCUGAGACUAGUGGCUCUGCUCCUUCAACCUUGCAGGUAAGCACAUUUUGA